UAAAAACGUUUUCCAACACAGCGAUAUUCUUUGCAACGAGACGCGUUAAAUUGUUUUCGGUUUAUUGUCUGAUUUUUAUUUGUAUUUUAUUUAAAUAAUAAAUCACAGCGCAACUAUAAUGGCCUCAUUUGUAAAGUUCAUUGUAUUGCUAGCCUCUUUAGUCACAUUCUGUUACACGUUUUAUGUGGUCGGAAAAUUGACACUAUUUCUAUCCAAGCCACGAUCAAUUUCAACAGCACACACCUGGAUCUUUAAUUUAUUGGAUAAUAAGUCGCGGUUGGAAACCGCAUAUGGACCAAUUGUAUUCGACACUCUCUAUGUCAUCGGAUUCAUAUUUCAGCACAGCUUCAUUAAGUCAGCAAUAGUGAAGAAUCUGCUGCGCAAAUUGCGUUUGGCUCCAGCAGAGCGAACUAUUUAUACACUCACGUCAUCGCUUUGUUUACAUUAUCUGGUGCAAAAUUGGGUGCCUGCUCAAUCGAUUGUACUCUGGCAGAUCAAUGUGGAUGAAAGCGUCCCGCUUUGGUGGACUUUUGUUAUAACUCAUGGUGUAUGCUGGACUGUUAUUUACGGAGGCAGUUUCAUAAUGGAUCUGGGAGAGUUGCUAGGCAUCAAACAGACCUAUUACGAUCUACAUAACUACUUGGAGCCCAUAGCUUACAAGUCGCUUGAGCUGCGAAACCUUUACACUCAUGUGCGUCAUCCGUCCUUUGUGGGAUUCAGCCUUAUUCUGUUUGCCACCAAUGUAAUGAGUCUUGAUCGACUGCUGCUCGCUGUGCUACUUACCACGUACAUGUAUGUAGCUUGGUCCUCAGAUCAGACUGAUAUCGCCUACCAAAGGAAGCAGCUGCAGCGCAAGAAACAAGAGUUAAAAGCUCAUUAAGGACACCAUUAACACAAAGUUUCCCUUGCUACAAAUUUAAUUUAAACAACACACGUUUUAGUAUCUCAACUAUAUUUAUGUAC